AUGGUUAGCACACAUUCAGCAGUUCAGCAAUUGUUUCCGUUUGAUCCAGAACCUGAGCAAUCUUUAAGGAGGAGACGCGGGGAGCAAAAUUUGCUGUGGGUUCCUUCACUGCAAGGGAUUUUUCUGCAGUCUUUAUAUUCUGAGGACCUGCACAGUACAAAAACAAUGGCUUUUGUUAUUCCAGAGGCUGGUGAUCCUUUGGGUAAUUCUUUAACAGCUCAUGCCACUAACAUACCAGGUUGCAUUACAUAUCCAGCAGUGGAAGAAGGGUCUACAUUCGAAAUCAAGCAUCACAUGUUGAGUAUUCUACCUACAUUUCAUGGGUUAUCAACCGAUGAUCCUAACAUGCACAUUGCAGAAUUUUUAAUGGGAUGCAAGAAUAUUUUGGUGAAAGGAUUCUCAGCUGAAUCUAUUAAGCUUCGUCUAUUUCCUUACACAUUGAAAGAUCAAGCAAGGAGAUGGCUCCUCACACUUCCAUCUGGAAGCAUUAGCACUUGGAACCAACUCAGUGAAAAAUUCUUAAACAAGUAUUAUCCAGCUUCAAAGACUCUCGACAUGAGAACUCAAAUUUUAUCUUUUGCCCAAAAACCAAAUGAAGAGUUUCAUGAGGCGUGGGAACGGUUUAAAGAGUUGAAUAGAAAAUGUCCACAUUCUGGUAUUAGCAGUACGGAUCAAGUGCAUAUAUUUUUCAGAGGGUUAAAUAUGACAACAAAAACUCUUGUCAACGCUUCAUGCGGAGGAUCAUACAAGGAUAAAAAUGCACAAGAGGCUUGUUUAUUAUUUGAAAAAAUGGCAGCAGAUACACAGCAAUGGGCAGUUGAGCAGCCACAAUCAAGGUCUGUUUUUGAGAUAUCUAAUGGUUCUCCAUAUAUGUCGGCACAAAUUGAAAAAAUGGAGAAAAAGCUUGAAAGAUUUGAUGCAAAAUUUGACAUGUUAUUACAAAGAAUUCCAGGUUCACAGGUUGCUGUACAGCAACCUUUACCAGCUGCCUGUAGCAUUUGCAAUCGUCCACGAUAUGACCCGUAUUCAAAUGUUUACAACCCGGGUUGGAGAGAUCAUCCUAAUUUUAAGUGGGACAGAGAUCAGCUUGCAAGGCCACAAUUUCAACAACAGGUACAGCAAACUGCUGCGCCUAAGGCCGCUUGGGAGAUUGCAUUCCAAUUUUCAGAAAGAGCACCAGGUACAUUUCCUAGCCAAACGGAACAUAAUCCAAGGGGAGGCGCAGAUUGUAAGGCAGUUCGAGUUCUACGUUCGGGUAAAAGUUAUGACAAUAGAGGUGAAAUUUGUGUUGGAAAUUCGCAAGCAGCAUCACAGCCACAAACAGAUUCAGGAAAUUUUUCAGAAUCUGAUAUUGUUACAGAUUCUACAGAGUCUAUGGGCAGAUCUGAAAACAGUGCAAAAAUUGCUGCAGAAACUGCAGAACGUGUUUAUGUGCCUCCAAUGCCUUAUCCCGAAAGGUUGAAGCCCAAAGUUAAAGAUCAACAGUUGACAGAUUUUAUGAAGACGUUGGCCAAAGUUCAGAUCAAUCUCCCAUUGAUUGAUGCAAUUAAGAACAUUCCAUCUUAUCCCAAGUUUUUAAAGGAUGUUUGCACAAAGAAAAAGAAGCUCGUGGAUUUUGAAAAAAGACUAGGACACGGAGAAAUCAAGCCUACAUCAGUUAUUCUACAACUGGCGGACCGUUCAGUUGCUUACCCUAGGGGAAUUAUUAAAGACCUCAUUAUUAAAGUGGAUAAUCUCUAUCUUCCUGCAGAUUUUGUGGUUUUGGAUAUGGAUGAAGAGAUGCAAACACCGAUUAUUUUGGGAAGACCAUUUAUGGCAACAGCUAGGACUUUAAUUGAUGUGGAAGCUGGAACAUUAACUUUACGAGUUCAAGACCAAUUUGUGGUUUUUAAUUUGUUUGAAGGAGCAAAACAUCCUGCUGAACAGCAGGAAUGUAUGCACAUUGAUGUGGUAGACAAUAUGGUUCAAGCCAGCUUUCAGGCAAGUUCAAAUACAGAUAAGUUGCUCAGCAAGGGAAAAGCGAAAAAAGCGGAAAUUGCAGUUAAAUGA